AUGGCUUAUCGACUUACGAGGAAGGACCUCCAAGGGACAUUCGAGGAUUCGGCUACCAUCGUGGCCGCCAGAAACCCAAACUCAGCUGUCCUGGAAGCUCUGUUAAAACAUUAUUUUACUCACCUUGAGUCCGUACCCACUGGUCGUGUGGACCGAAGUUUAGAGGCAUGUUCUCCAAAUGCCAAUACCAUGGGCCCUAUAUACGGUACAUACGAAUCUCCCUUGACUGCCGCCAUUAGGGCAAAUGUACCCGAGAAUGUCCGGGCACUGCUAGCCGCUGGUGCAGAUCCCACAGGCACCACGCUGCAUGAUUUGUCUGACUAUGCCGUGCGAUUCAUUCGUGGCCGAGACGCUAAAACCGACAUGUCGAGUUUCGCUCUCUGUCCUCCGCGGGAACAAAUACUGGCAGUGGCAGAGGGCAAAGGAAUUACACAGCAGACUCAGCCCUUGACCCAAGCCGAAUUGGAUGAGCGGAGCAAAGGUUUCCCACGUUUUUGGACGGAGCCGAAUGUUCCUGGUCAGCGAUUGCGGCUAUCAAAAGCCCUCACUGCAUUGGAAGUGGCUGCUGGGCUUGGAAAUGAAAAUCUGUUUAGACUGGUUCGCGAUGCAGGAGCGGAUGAGUCCGCCUGGCUAAGUACCUCGGAGGCUAGUCGAGCCGAGUUUGACGAUACCAAGCCAUCGUUCAUCAGCACUUCCUCUCCCGUCCACGAAGCUAUUAAAGCUGGUCAGCCUGCAAUGCUUCAUAAAUUGCUCCACGUGUAUCACUACUCUCCCAACUACCUCCCCCUGGCGACUCCAACAGCCGCGCUACCACCACUCUCUUUUGCACUUCUACGGUGCGACCCACACAACCCAGAUAUCUGGGCGUGUAUCGUGCACCUCCUCCAGCACCCUGACCUUGAUCAACACCUACGCUCUCCUAUUUUCGACAUUCACCCGCUUCACUUAGCAGUUGCCCGUCAUGAUCCGGACCUCCUAUCCCGCCUCCCUAUGCCACUCUCUACGGCAGGGACCACAGCAUUAGGACACAGCCUACUCCACAUUGCGUCUCUUCCCUUGACAUCCGACUAUAUCGACCAGAAAAAUUUAGAUUCUGUCCAGAGUAUUCACUGUGCCCGCACUCUCGACUCUCACUGGCUAUCGCACGCAUUCCCCAGUCCCAUGCACUUGAGUCCGAGCAAUGGCACCGGGCUCACGAGGCCCAUUCCAGGCCAACAUAUUAGCCCAACAAUUCCACUCACCUCGCUAGAACAAGAGGCCCAGCUUAGUACCCUACACCUUCUUGUGCGAGCUGUGAGUCUCGAUGUGCGUGCCCAAGAUGUUGAUGGAAAUACUGCUUUGCAUUACCUGGCUGCCACGGUGAAUGUAGACCCUAGGGCUUUGCAGUUGCUUAGAGAUGUGGAAGGUGGUGAGGAGGCCUACAAUCACAGCAGAAACGGAGUGGGCUUGACGCCGCGUUCCCUCUGGGAAAGUAACAAGGCACAAUCGUCUCAAGGGUUGGGCUAG